AUGGAUAAAGUCCCAGCAGCACUUCUUGAGUCAGUUCUGGUAAAAUCAGUAGAUAUCAGUGACAAGCAAGAAGUUAAAGGCUACGAUUUCAACCAAGGCCUUGACUACUCAGCUAUACUCCAAUCCUACAACUGUAUUGGAUUUCAAGCAACUCAUAUGGCCCAAGCCAUAACUGAGCUAAACCGGAUGCUAAAUUGGCGCUUAUCUGAUGAGCCAAUUCUCCCAGAUGACUCCAUUCCUGAUAUAGAAGACCGUAAGAAAGUUAAAGCGGUCAAGUUUCUGGCAUAUACAUCAAACAUAAUUUCCAGCGGCUUAAGAGAAGUUAUAAGAUACCUAGUUCAGCACAAACUAGUUGAUGUAGUUGUUACAAGUGGUGGCGGAAUUGAAGAAGACUUCAUAAAAUGCUUACUACUGACUCCCAAGAUCAGGAUAUAAUGAAAAAAUUAGUUUGCCCAAAGUAUCUCCUAUGUAAAUUUGUGAAUAAAUAUUUUUUAGUAUAUAUCUAAUAAUUAUUAUAAUUGAUGCUGAUAUUUCAAAAUAUAAUUUUUAAUUUCAAAUAAAUUGUCAAAAUAAAAAACAUUUAAUCUCCCUUAAGCACAAAUCUUGCUCACUCUUAAAGGGAGUGCUAGCCAAAUUUUACAUUGGAGAUUUUCAUCUCAAUGGAAAAUCUUUAAGACAGCAAGGACUGAACAGAAUUGGAAAUUUGCUGGUCCCUAACGAAAAUUAUUGCAAGUUUGAAAGCUGAAUCAUGCCGAUCUUUGAUAAAAUGCUCGAAGAACAAAAAGAAGGGAUGCUCUGGACGCCUUCAAAGCUGAUAGAAAGGCUUGGAAGAGAAAUUAACAAUGAAGAAAGUGUUUAUUACUGGGCAGCCAAGAACAAUAUCCCUGUGUUUUGUCCUGGAAUCACUGAUGGCUCUAUCGGUGACAUGCUCUACAUGCACAGCUAUGCAAAUCCUGGGCUUAUUUUAGACGUCAUUGGCGACGUCAAAAGAAUCAACAACAUGGCAUUCGACGCCAAGCACUCAGGAAUGUUCAUCAUCGGUGGAGGAGUCCCCAAACACCACACAAAUAACGCAAAUCUAAUGAGAAAUGGCGCUGAUUUUUCAGUCAACGUUAACACAGGCCUCGAACACGAAGGAUCAGACUCAGGAGCUCCUCCAGAUGAAGCAGUCUCCUGGGGCAAAAUAAAGUCAGGAUCCACCCCAAUUAAAUUAUUUGCGGAAGCGACACUUGUCGUCCCAUUAAUUGUAGCUGAAAGCUUUUAUAAAUACCAUGAACAGCAUAAAGAUGAAUGUCCUACAUGCUCUAAUAGUAGUUAA